CUCAGUCAGACAGAACGAAGGAAGAUGGCGUAUCGAACGUCCACCGUACGUACGGCGGUCUCCUGAAGUUGUCUCUCCAGUCAGUCAGUGUAGAAGAGUGUUUUGUACGGUGCAAAGUGUGUUGUCUGUCGUUCUUCGGUCCACCAUCACAUCGAUCAAAGAAGAAAAAAAUAGGGAAAAAUCCUGACUGGUGAAUGUGGUGCGUGUUGUUUUAAUUUCGCAAAUUAUCGGCUGAAAAGUGACUGAAAUCGUACCCGCGGAUUGUGCAACGGAUUCGCGAAACUCGCCGGGACACUUUCCGACUGUUGGUUCCAGUGACCGUGCAUGUUUCGAGCGUGAAAAGUGGACCUGAACCUGAAGUGGAAUUUCGAUUCAAUGGCCAUAGCCUCCUGCUACUGGUGCUGCUGCUGGAAGGGAACGAGAGGUGUGGUGUUGGUAGCGGCGACAGCGACGUGAAGAAGAAUGCAGAUUGCAGGUAGAGUCCCGCGAACCAGGUGGAAUUGGAAACUUGUGCAAAAAAGUGAAAACGAGCGGUGUAUUAUGGAUUUCUGAUGAAGUGACAAGAAAGUGAUGUGCAGUGCUUUGGGUUUGUGCUGUUUUGAAAUUAAUUGAAAGUAGUUGCGCCGAUGUUUAGCAAUAAAGGAAAAUGGACGGGAAUGCCGCAAAAAAUCGCUUGUGAGCUGGAUGCUAUUGAGAUAGUGAUUUAUUAUUUUUCGAACUACAAUUUAUUCUGUUUUCUUAGACAAAAUAAUUUUAAACAAUUUAUCUCUAAACUGAUAUUUAACUAGAUCAGUGUGCUGCUGCUACGGUGGUGCGCCAGGCAUGAAUUAUUAGCUUCGAGCUAGAAAGAGAGGAGUUGUUUGCCAGUAAAACAUGCUGUGAAUUGUGACUGGCUGCACCUGGUGAAAAAUUUGCGCUAAAACCCCGUCGUCGUCGUCAUCGGUCGUGUCGUACCCCAAAGAGAUCAACCUACCUCCCCACACGAGUCGGAGUCGGACGGGUGCAACCGCGCGGCUGGCAGUUAUAGUCAAGUGAAAAAAUAUUCAAAAUUUAUGUAAAAAUUGUGAAGGUAUAAUUAAUUGAUAGUAGGGUCGUGUGAGAAGAGGUUCAUUUUCGAGGGCUCUGUUUAAUGCACUGUGUCGAGUUAUUAAUCGUAUUCCUCGUCUGUGUGUGGUAUUGAGUAAGAAUAAAAAGAAGAAAAAACGAAUGAAUUCGUCAGUCGGUGGCAACAAGCAUGGAAACAGUUGCCCCUGUCAGUAGCUUAAACUUCCAAACCGGCGAUCAUGGAAUAGAUUUAAAGUUGUUCGCUGACGGUGGGCGAUUGCUGAAACAACAACAGCAACGCCGACAACAAGAACAACAACAACAACACCGGCUACAACGAAGCUAAUGAGCUCGGUCGGAUUCCUCCCGUUUGAAAAGAAAACCGAACGGCGGUGUGUGCGUGUGUUUGUGUACGUAUAAGUAGUCAAGUCAUGCCAUCAUGUCCGCUUCGUCAACGCGACUGCCACUGAAGAAGCGCAAGAAGAAGCCCCCAGUGAAUGAAGAGAAGAAUAAAAAUAAAAUUAAAAAUUAAGAUAAUAUAAACGAUCAUCAUCAGCGGGCGCGUUCUCUAAUACCCGGUGCAAAAGAAAGAAAUCAGGAUCAAGAAUCUCAACGGCUCGUCACGACCGACCGACCGACCGGGAGAAGUGGUCGAAACAAAAAAAAAGUAUAGGAAAGAAACGAAAAACAAGUGAAAGAACUUGGCUUGGAAAACUGCUGAGAAGAAAAAAAAAACAUACAAUCAACUAUUUCGAGAAGAUUGGUCCGCGGCGGAACGGUCUCUGCUAUAGUUCGUCGUCGUCGACGUCGUCACUGCCAUCAUCAUUUUUCAUUAACCUUCCCCCGUACACUCUCCCAUUACUACUUAACUGUGGCUCACCAGUAGUGAGCCCUCUAAUCUAUAUAGCGAAAGAACACGGGAAAAUCUCAGCCGCCCGCCGAUAAUAUGGAUAAAUAUCUACCGCUGCUCGUGUUGUUCUACAUUCUCAACCACAAGCUGGAUGGCGUUGCCAGCGAUCAAGUUGUUUUAUUGGAUACGACCAAGGAAGCGACCCUGGAAUGGACACGGUAUCCGUACGGACCGCAGGCGCAGACACCCGGUUGGGUGGAGGAAUCGUUCACCAACUUCGUGAAGGGUAUCAACUGGCGCAGCUACGUGGUGUGCGAUGUGGCCUACAACAACGUCAACAACUGGCUCUGGUCGCCCUUCAUCGAUCGGGGUCCGGCCAAUCGGUUGUACAUCGAGAUUCACUUCACCAUCCGGGACUGUUCGCUGUUCCCGGGCAAUGCGCUGUCGUGCAAGGAAACAUUCAGCUUGCUGUUUUACGAGUUUGAUGCGGCGACACGGGAACCACCGCCCUGGCAGCCGGAAAGUUACAAACUGAUCGGGCGGAUUGCGGCCGGUGAAGGUCGUUUUAAUCAAAACUCCGACGUUGAUAUAAACGUGGAGGUUAAGAGUAUAGCCGUCACCAAGAAGGGGGUGUACUUUGCGUUCCGCGAUCAGGGCGCCUGUAUCAGUGUGCUGGCCGUGAAGGUGUACUACAUAACGUGCCCGGCGGUGACGGUGAAUUUCGCCCAUUUCAAUGAGACACCGACGGGGCGGGAAAUUACAAUAAUUGAACAGCAGACGGGGAUCUGUGUGGAGAAUGCAGAAGCUUACGAGACGCCCACCUAUCUGUGCAAGGGAGACGGCAAAUGGACUAUCUUGAGCGGAGGAUGCCGCUGCAAGGUCGGUUAUGAACCGGACCAUGAAAAGCAAACAUGUAACGUUUGUCCGGUUGGUAAGUUCCGUUCGGCAGAGGUAGAAACCUGCACGAUCUGUCCGAUGAAUUCCAAAACCAACAAAAUCGGUUCACCGUUCUGUCCCUGUUUGAGUGGACACUAUCGGCAUCCGAGGGAUGGUAAACACAUGUCCUGCUACAAACCGCCGGGACCUCCGACCAACCUUACCCUGCUGUUCAUCGAUCAAACCAGUGCCAUUCUAUCGUGGAACGCUCCACAACGAGCAGUAGACGAACAGCUAGACAACAAGUACCGCAGUGAUAUCGUAUUCCGGAUAAAGUGCUCCGCCUGCACCUCAAACGUCGUGUUCAACCCGUCCACGGAAACAUUCAACGACACCAAGCUGACGCUGACCAAUCUGGAACCGGUCACAACGUACACGGUUCAGAUCCAUUCCCAGCACGGUGUAUCCUAUCUGAUCAGUCCGGAUACACCGGGGGCCAGCGGUGGAGCCGGAUUCGAAAAUAGUAGCUCGGGUGGAUUCGGAGGGAAUCACUAUCAUCAUGCAACCGAGGCACCCAAUCAGCAGGGAAGCCGAUCGUCGUCGUCCGAUUUGGACGACAUCAAGACGGAGUUUGCGGAGAUUACGUUCACUACCGAGUCGGCGAUUCUCAGCACGGUGUUCAAUGUGAAAAUAAUCUCCAUCACCAACAAAGAGGUCGAUCUGGUUUGGGACAAACCGAUGCACAGCGAUUCACCGAUCGAGUACUACGAGGUCCGGUGGUUCCCCAAGUCGGAGGUGGACGCCAUGAACAAAUCGGUGCUGAGCACCAAGGAGUCCAAGAUUCACAUCAACGAUCUGCAGGAAAACACCGAGUACGGCUUCCAGGUGCGCUGCAAAACGCUGAACGGGUGGGGCACCUUCAGUAACAUAGUGUACGCUCAGACGCACCAGAGCGUCAGUCCAGGUUCCUUUUCAGUGUACGAUGACUCCUUCCAAAUGCGAAUUGUUGCUGGCUCAACAGUUGCAGUUGUUUUCAUCUUAGUCUUAGUGAUCGUCGUGACCGUUCUAUUCCUCCGCUCCAAGAGCAACGAUGACAUCGAUAAGAAGACCAACAAUCAUCUCCCUCUGCCAUUGGAUUACGCCAGCAACGAAGGACUUGUAGUGACCUACAUUCACGCAAUGGACACAACGCCGAUCGUGAAAACGAUGAAAAACAAUGGUGGUUCUUACGGGUAUUACCGACCACGUCGUAACAAUUUUGCAGUGACUACGCCCCUGUUCGGCACCAACCGGAGCUACGUCGAUCCACACACGUACGAGGACCCGAACCAGGCGAUCCGCGAGUUCGCGCGGGAAAUCGAUGCCAGCUACAUAACGAUCGAGGCCAUCAUCGGUGGCGGCGAGUUCGGUGACGUGUGCCGCGGUAGGCUCAAAAUCCCGCCGAACUUCGUGCAGGAAAUUGACGUUGCCAUCAAGACGCUGAAGCCGGGCUCCUCGGAGAAGGCCCGCUGCGAUUUUCUCACCGAGGCCUCCAUCAUGGGCCAGUUCGAUCAUCCGAACGUGAUCUACCUGCAGGGUGUGGUGACCCGGUCCAACCCGGUGAUGAUCAUCACCGAGUACAUGGAGAACGGCAGCCUGGACACGUUCCUGCGGGCCAACGAUGGCAAGUUCCAGACGCUGCAGCUGAUCGGGAUGCUGCGGGGGAUAGCGGCGGGGAUGUCCUACCUGAGCGAUAUGAACUACGUCCACCGGGAUCUGGCGGCGCGCAACGUAUUAGUUAAUUCCUCACUAGUGUGUAAGAUUGCCGACUUCGGGCUGUCGCGGGAGAUCGAGAACGCGAGCGAUGCGUACACGACGAGGGGAGGCAAAAUCCCCGUCCGCUGGACGGCCCCGGAGGCGAUAGCGUUUAGGAAAUUCACGUCCGCCUCGGACGUGUGGUCCUACGGCGUCGUGCUGUGGGAGGUAAUGUCGUACGGUGAGCGACCGUACUGGAACUGGUCCAACCAGGAUGUGAUAAAGAGCAUCGAGAAAGGCUACCGGCUGCCGGCCCCGAUGGACUGCCCGGAAGCGCUGUACCAGCUGAUGCUGGACUGCUGGCAGAAGCAGCGAACCCACCGGCCGACCUUCUCGAGCAUCACGCAAACAUUGGAUAACCUGGCGAGACAGCCGCAGGUCCUGCUGACGACCCGGAACUCACCGGACAAUCCGGUGGCACGGUUGGGUAACGAUCUCAGCGAUGAGAUGCUGGCAGCCCAGCAGCGAAGUAUGCUCGGUGGCAUGGGAACAACCGAGCGGAUACUGAACAAUGGCGCUAGCAGCGGAAAUGGUAGUGGUGUAGGUGGCGUCGUAGUUGGAAGUGUCGCGAGUGGUGUUGGCGGUGGCAGCGUAGGAAUGAGUGCGCCAAGCAUGGGUACGCUCAGCUCCACUGCCGGUGGUUUGAGCAAUACGGGAACGAUGACUGGUACGGGUCCCGGCAGCGGGGUCUUUAUCAGUACCGAACUGUGGCUGGAGAGUAUCAAGAUGUCGAGGUACUCGCAGCACUUCAAAGAAGCUGGACUGGUGACCGCUCAGCAGAUAUCACGGCUAACCGCUCAGCAGCUGUCCGACAUGGGCAUCACCCUGGUGGGGCACCAGAAAAAAAUUCUACACCAAGCGCGACAGAUAGAUACCAUAAUUUAAAGUGUCAAACCACUGCAAAGCAAAGCAAAGUAAAACAAGCAAACAAACAACAACAACAACAACAACAGAGAGGGUGUGGGCGCGUGUGCAUGGGUAUGACUUGUUUUUCUUCCUUCUCCGCGACUUCGAAACCGACCCGCAUGACGACGUGAACGAACCCCUUGAAGUUUGACACCCACCUUAAUACACAUCACAACAACAACAACAACAACAAGCAAGCAAGUACCAGGCAGCAUUCAGAAUGUGAGUGAGUACUACGGUCCCAGUUACACAUAACAACGAAUUGGAUGUAUUUUUCGUUCGGUUUUUGAACCGUUCAAGUGCGUGUGUGUGCGUGAACCUACGUUUUUUACCUACCUUACGAUUAAGUUGAUUCCACGUGAAAAAGUCUCAAACAAAACAAAGUGAUGCCAGUGCCCGUUUCAGUGGCACGUAUGUAACGGUUCUGUAAAUGUUUAUUCGAAUAAGCUAUAGUUUAUUUUCUAAUUAUUCUGAGAGAUUAGAAAUGCAUUUAUACAAUAUAGGUUUUACGAGACAAAGGCAGAAAGAGAUUCGUUAUAACUUUUUUUUUCUUCUACACACUAAUUUAUUAUCAGUAAACAGUAAAACAAAACACGGGCUAAGUUAUCGCGUUACUUAAGAAGCACCCCCCAGAACAUUAAAUCAAAAUCCUGUUUAUAUCCUUAGUUUCAAAAAAAAUGUAUAAAAGUAAACCCGAAUCCAAGGAAUAGGUAAACCGACAAAAUAUGUGAUUUUUUAUACAAUAGCAAUAGGUAGAGGAGAGAGCCUUCUUUUUAUUUGUUUCAAACUACAUACUAGAACUGAACAAAACUACUUCAAACAACUUACUGCUAGUAGUACAGAAAGAAACAAACUACAAACAUACACACAUUUUGAAACGAAACGAACUGAUAUUAACCUACAAAAAAGAUACGUGAUACGGGAAAAAACGAUGAAACAAACAAGCAUUACGAAGACAGUGAGAAUCAUUCAUAAACAAGAACAGAAAGAAUAUCAAUGAGAGAGAAAAAGAGAGAUGAGAGUCUGCAUAACGAUGUGAAUUUUUUUCUUUCUAGCAAGGAGAAGAGAAUCUUUUUGUUUAAGUUUUUAGUUACUGCCCCUCCAGGUAGUAGUUCCCUUCCCUGUGUAUAGCUUUUAUUUUAAUAUUUAGUUACGCUGUUUAUUUUGUUUAAUUUAAUCGAAAAACCGUAGACACGAGGAAGUAAGCUUUAUUUUUGUGGAAUAAUGCAAACUUUAUUUGUGUAGGAAUAAACGCAAAAGUGAGAUUAAUCAGUUUUUUUGUUAGAUUUUUAUUUAUUUCCCAUUUAAAUAGUAGUGAAAGAAAAUGCCUUUAGUUUAUUUUAUUUAGUAGUAUCCUGCUAGUUGGUUAUGAUUGACUGCACGUUGAUCUUCUGAAUGAAUGGCAAAAAAAAUCUUUUUGAGAUGCCUGGCUACACUUCUUUUUUAACCACAUCCGAAUGUGAAGCGCCAUUCCAUACUGGUCUAACAAGAACUUUAUUGUUCAAUUAAAACCUUAUAUAUCUUUGAACAGAUUGCGGAGGAUUAUCAGAAAUCUGAAAAAUGGUUAGGUGAUUAUGUUAAACAGGCUAAUGGCCGAAAUUUUAACAGUCGGAAGUAACCAGUCGUACGAAGCAAUCCACUGCGUGAUCGACACGAUCUGACUGGAAGAAAAAGUUCGAACUUGAUUGGAUAUGUCCUAACUACAAGAAGGUACAUAAAUUCAACGAUCCUCGAUCUCUCGUACAAAGCACUCUGACGGGUUCGGUUUAGAAAACAGCGCCUGUUGACCUUAAUCGUGUCUUGGCGAAUAUCAAAGCGGUUUCCGAGAUGGACAAUCGACGAUGGACCUGAUGAUAUCUAACAUAAAGCUUGCGACUCAGUUUCAUUCUAUUAUUAGAGACACUAACCAGGCUGCUAGCGUUUCAAUACUUAUGGUUCAAUCCUAGUGGUCUAAUUUGAAAAAUAUUUAAAAUGUCUAUGCGAAGAAGUCAUGUUCAGCAAGAAGAUAGAGUUGCUACCGGUGUUUCCGAAGCAGGAAGUAUCCGAGUAACCAGUGGUUCCGGUGCGUUGAGCUGGUUUUCGGCACUGGCGUUCUUGUGGACAGGAAGUUCCAGGCUUUAGUCACACUUUAUCUGAGUCGAUUACAGCUUAGUGCAUGAAGUGAUCAAGUCUACAUUCCAAAAUUGACCUCAUCAGCCAGUUUACUUCGUUAGGGCGGUAGCACAGAAGGCGUACUCUAUAGGAAGAUGAGCUAGAAGUAGCUUCAUGAAUCCUAGGAGGAUAGCAAACAGGAGUAGCUAUGCAACAUCGGUGGAAAAACCAGUACAUUUUGCAGUUAAGUGUCACCAAUCUAAACAGUACGAAAGGAUUGCAGCAUUUCCACAAACGGGGACGUGAAGAUCGAUGGGUGGUAUUUUGAUUCCGGUGCUAUAUCAACCAUUCAAUUGCCAUGGAUCACAGUGUCGGAACAACGAACAAAACCCAUUACUGCCUGUGAGCGCUUGACGAAGCAGACUUAAUCGUGUCACGCACCAGGUGAAGCUGGCUCUGGCAAUUUGCAUCGAUUUGUGGCAUAGGUGGCUGCGGUCAUUUGAACAAAGGCAGCUUGAAGAAACUUAAACAAACGACAGAUGAUCUCGAUUUCAAGAAUGAAGUUUUUUAUACCCGGUGGAAAAUGAUUUGUGUGGUCCUGUAGAAAUUUUGUCGUUUGGAGGCAGUCGAUACUUGCUCACCUUUGUGCACGAUACCAGCAAGAAUGUUCUGAGAUAAAGUCAAGUCUUGGAAGCAUUUCAGAGGUUGAAGGCAAACGCUGAGGGGCUUUCGAGUAGCACGCAGAAGAACCUACGAAUGAAUAAUGAAAAAGAUUAUAUCAAUUAUCAAUUUUCGUCGAGUUGUGGAGCGUAAUGUGAGUAGGCCCGAACUCAUAUUCACACGUGUUGUGGAGCGAAUGAACCGUACUCUGAUGGAGAAAGCACGUUGCAUGCUGAAUGAUGCAAAGCUUGAGAAAAAACUUGGGCCAAUGUUGUCUUGUAGAUUUCUGGUGAACCGAUGUCCAAUAAGGUCACUGGAGAACAAGACGCCAGAAGAUGCGUGAACCGGAAAUAAGCCAACUUAGAAUAUUAGAAAGUAUUUGUAUCCCAGUGUCAACGUGUAUGUUUCUUAGGUGAAACGUAAGAAGUUCGAUUCAAAGGCUCGAAAAGGCCGAUUCGUCGAUUACUUCGCUACAAGGGUACAGAAUCUAGGAUGCUGAGAAGGGUAAGUUCCAGAUAAACCAAGAUGUCGUAGUUUAUGCAAAGAGUGCGGCAAAUGGAAUCUUUACGUGCGAGCACUCAGUUAAACCAGUGAAUUUAAUCGAUCUACCUAUAUUUCGAAGAGCUGUUGGUAUGUACCAAGUAACCUAGCUGGUUGAUGGCGAGGAAGGAUUAUAAUUUGAAGCUACUUUUAAUCGGACAGAUCGUCGUAGCUAUAAUGGAGUUGUGAUUUCGCUAAAAAUCAAUAGACCAGCUGAUGUGCUGCCAGGGUUAAGGCACAGAGGCUGCGGCGAGUGUGCUCGUUCAGGAAAGUAUACCGAUUAUAUAAGCUAUGGAACAUUCCCUGAUGAUAUCGAUUCCCCCUGCUGUAUUCUGAUUCAUUCGAAUGUGAUGGGAUGGACAAACAACGGAUGGACGGUUCAACGCCGGUCGAACAGGAACCACUGUAUUCAAACAAUGAAACAAACAGAUUUGUGACUGCUUGAAGAUCUACCAGAGGGACGUAAUACUAUCUGGAACAAAUGGUAUGUAACAGCAAAGCAAGAUCCAAAUAGAACAAUGCAAUGAUACAAAGUUCGUCUCGUUGCUAAAGGAUGCUCAAAAUAACCAGACGUGGAUUAUGAUGAGAUGGAAUCAACCUUUUCUUAUACAAAAAAAAACAAAAUUUAAAAGAAUUUGUUUAUUUGACACGGAUCAUAGUGGUAGCUUAACGGAGCCGUGGACCUUUUAUCUAUUUACAAUAUGCAAAAAAGAAAAAUUCAAACAAAUAUUAUUCAUCUGUAGGAUCUCGUGCGCGCAACUUUUUAUUGCGAGCGGAGACCUUCUUUCGCAGGGGCGAAACAUUUGUCUGCUCGCAAUCUGUGUCAGGGUUACCUUUCUUGUCGAUGCUGUUUACAGUUGAUAUUGGGGUGCUGGAUGCUUCUUUUGUGAUUGUCAUUGUCGGAACAGUUGCCACAAAUUUGGUCACCGUUUUUGGUUCAGGUAUUGGUAUUGAAAAUUCUGUAUUAAGUUGGUUUGCCGUAAAUGAGUUGGCAAUCAUUAGAGAUGCAUUCUCCUUUUCAUCUUCGGUACAAAGUUGUCUGUAAUGUGCUGUCUGAUUACAGUACCUUGCCCCUCACGAGAGCAUAGCGUAGUUUCUUUCAAUUGUAGUUCCGUGAGUUGUUUUAUAGUAAAGUAUAGUAAAGUAGAAGGCAAUAGGUCUUUCGACCACCCACAUCCUCACUAUCAAAACGCUGUUAGAAGUACACGGAAAGAAGUGGUGUAACGAAUUCUACUUCUCCGUAUUGCGACAUGUACUUUGCAAUUGGCUCAGGAGGAGUACGAGGAGAUAGACAUGUAGCUUUACAUCUAUAUAGUGAUUUUCUAUACACACGGGAAUCUUAAUUCCAACGUUGUCACUUUCAACCACGUGUUUUAAGCAGGGUUACCAUAUUCACAGAUUUUUCAGUAAUGUCACAGAUUUUUUUCACAAUUUUUGAUCACAAAUUCUUUUUUACAGAUGACAGAUUUUUGGCAUUUUGAUAAAAAAAUUCACAGAUUUUUGCAAAUAUUGUGAUUUUUCAAAGUUUUUUCGAAAUUUAUCACAGAUUUUCACAGGUUUUGUUUCCUGUUUUAGUCAUCACAGAUGGUAAAAAGAUUUUUUUUUUGGUCGAAACACAGAUUUCAAUGUGGCAUCCCUGAAGUUGUUCUGCAAAACAAAACGCUCGGCUUUGGCUAAGAUGAUGAUACCGAAGGUAUGCGACUUCCGCAAAAACUCGGUCGUAUUGAACAAAAUUUAAAAACCGACCGCUACGUUGGGUCGAAGUAGAGCUUUUUCGUCAACUUUACUCAUGAUGACAAGAAUAAUCCAAUGUUUCCUUUGCUCUCGAGGAAAUGCACACUAGAUCAAGAGGCCUGUUGUUUAUAUUUUUACCAUUUUUUGUUAACGACCUAUUGAGUCAAUUUGUCAGGAUGUGAUGUUACGGCAUUUAAUUAGCAAGCGACUGGAAUGUGAAGUAUAUUUUUCAAUAUUAAGAGCCAUAGUACUCAAGUGAGAGCAAGGAAUUGAAGGGAGAAAGUUCAGAAAAGCGUGGAAAAGGUCAUAUGAGCAAGCUUAGAGUUUACCGGCGACUUAACCCUUUGUCUGCUACCGUAGGAGUCAGGAUCUUUUGGCAUUAAAAAUGCGAAUCACCUGAGUCUACGACAUGUCCGGACAAGCGUAAAGUAACUUGUUACUUCAUGCUGUCGGUUCCGCCGGUUGCCGGUAAACUCUAAGCUUGCUCAUAUGACCCUUUCCACACUUUUCUAAACUUUCUCCCUUCAACUCCUUGCUCUCCCUUCAGUACUAUGGUUCUUAAUAUUGAAAAAUAUACUUCACCUUCUAGUCCCUUGUUAAUUAAAUUCCGUAACAACAGUAACCUGUUGUUUACUUGGCUCGAUUGUAGUCCUGGCUGCGGCAAAAGUAGAGAAUAGACUGUGGUCAGCCCUUUUGAAAGUUUUCAAAAUAAAUCUUCAAGAUGACAGGCGAAUCACGUUGAAAAAAAGAAAUUUCAUGUGUAGAAUUCAUCAAACGAACAGUUUUCACAUGUAGUGUUUUCUAUACUCUCAAAAUGGUUUUCGCGGGCUCUACUACCAGCCAUCUUGAAAUAAAAGAAGUUGCUUGCUAAAAUGUGAGAUGCUGUUUCAAAAUAAGUGACACAUUAAACAUGGUUUUUCCGAUCCGAACAAUUAACUCGUUAAGAUCGACAUUUUGAAUGCAUCAUUACAUUCUGAACUCUCACACGGUAUUGAGGGCUUCAAAACUUAAGAAAUUAUGUUUCUCGUCUAUAUGGAAUAUACGAAUUACAAAAUCCGACACCGGUGAGUCUAUAGAAUAAUUCAUGUCGCAAAACGGAGAAGUUUGAAGAAACUUUCUCUACGGAAUCCCUAACAAUGAGCUUGUGGUGACGAUAUUAGUAGAAAUACCUAUUCCUUUCUACCUGACUAUAAAAUUCAAAACACACAUGGAGUUAAAUUACGCAAACCAUGCUAUGCACAUAUCGGAAACAGAUUGCUACUUACCAGUUUUGUAAUUAGACGGGACACCAUGGAAAUUCUUGCGUGGAAGCUGCUAAGUGUGGUGUAUCAGAAAAGGCCAAGUUUGAAUAAACCCCACAUUAUCGAUGUGUUGAGAUAUUGAGAGAAACCGAGAGAGAUCGUUCGUGUAAGAUGAUUAUAAUAAAUACCGCUUACAGCGGACUCGAAGUCGGAAUGUUUCUGACAUCCUAACUGUGCGUUUAUUGAUUUGUAGUUGAUGACGGGUGCAGUAUAGUCUUUACACUAAGGAAAAUGUAGCUACCUAUCUAUCGAUUUCAGACUACAAUCUUCAACAGCUAAGUCACUGAUGGUUGCCACAACACUAGCCGUUGUUCAGGCAGCAACGAAUACCCAAACAUCAAAGAUUGUACCUAGUUUCUCCAAACCGACAAGCAGCACCACCAGUACACGACUGUUAUCCAUGCGACUAAUUAAAAAGUAAAAUCAUCCAACCGUGAGCCCUUAUAGAUCAACAGCACUGACAGUAAGGACGAGUACGACAGUUUGAUAAAACGUGGACUAUCCGACUUUCUAACAGCAGGUGGCGAUCCUGCAAAUGAAUCCUUUUCGCGAUAGCCGAAGACACGAAACAACAAAUCACGUGCAUAAGAUUGUAAGUAGCGGUUUGCCCACUACUCGGGUUCUGAUUGCCCGCCGAACCCUUCUUUUCAGGGCGGCCUAGAUGCCUCUACAGAAUUUCAGAUUUUCGUAACAAAUAAAAAAAAUAAACAAAUAAAUUACUGUUACCGUGUAUUCUUCCUCAACACUUCACUGGUCGUUUCUUACGGUCCGCUGCUGCUGACGAUGGCGGGAAGGCGGACGGUUGCUUCCAACCGGCCGGGACUACAAUGGCCGCGUUCUCCUGUGGCCGUUGGCUGCUCCGGCAGCGGGCCUUAACAAUUAGCCAGGGAGGUGAGCUUAGCUCCUUUGUCGGAACCUCCCUAGCGACGGUGGUGACGAAUCAUCGGAUUUUUUUCUCCCCGCAAAGAAUUCCGGAAGACACCGCAGUGUUCUUCCCACGGGGAGCCGUUGUCCACCCUGCUUCGCCCUCCUUGGCCCUAUUGGCUGAGAAGGAGAGCAAGGCUCGUUCGGCUUAUCCUUCCCAGCGAGGGCGGAAUGGUGCGUCCGGAUCCUUUGCGGUUAGCGGGGGAAGCGAAAACUCCUUUAUAAUUAGCUUCCCCCGACGGCGAUCCAGCACCACACACAAUAUGAAUGUCCAAACCACGGGUCGGCACUUUCUGACGGAUAUCUUCCGUCACACACACGCACUUCACACAAUUGCUGUUGUGGCUGUUUAGCUGUCCCGGAACGGUUUAUCGAGGACGUCUUGCAUAUACCGUGGUCUGUCUUUUCACGAUGGCCGUCUUCCGCACUCGACCAUAGCAAACCGCCAACUGCCUUGUCGCAUAGCUGUCAACGAUGAGCAGCAUAACCAGUGAACACGUAUUUUCGCAAGAGGAGAACGGUAGCCUACCUAAGCCCUAUGUUAUUAAUACACAAACAUAAAACAAAAUUUUCUACAUCUAUCUGUAUGCACAAAACCGUUUACAAACGUGAAACUAUACAAAAAUUUACAAACUAAAUGUGAACGGUAUCGAACAGCGGUGAGCACGUAAACAAUACACUCUACGGAGUGUAAAGGCAAAAAAGGGUAUAUUUCCACCCAGUGCUAAAUUGUUACCCUUGACGUUGGUUACAAGCAGGGUGGCCAGAUAGAAUUCCUUAAUAUCGGUAGGGUCACUAAAAGUUUAUCGGUAGGCCGGUUUGUUGUCCCAAAAACGUAGUGUUGACAUAGAAUUGUAAAAUACUGAAAACACAGAUCUCAGACCAAAUCCAACCCAAAAAAUGAAUGUUGAGUAGGAUGUGUCCAAAAUCAAUAAAAAUCGGUAGUUUUCGGUAGGGAUAACAAAAUAUCGGUAGUUUUCCCUUGGUCGUCUGUGAAUCGGUAGGAAAGACCAAAAUCGGUAGGACCACCGAUAAAUGGGUAGAUCUGGCCACCCUGGUUACAAGAUCCAAACAGCAGACAAUUUUUCGUUGCGAUUGACAUGCAAUAUGAGCUAAACAAUCCACGAUGAGUCAAAUCUAUUCAUUUUAAACAAAACCGUACCUACCUACUACAAAAUGAGUGGAAGUAGGAGAGACAAGAAAGAAUGAUGUAGUAGUACACAUACGAUCACUAUCAUUUUGAACAAUCCAACAAGCUUUACUUAUUUUUAAGUAAAAUUUCUUCUGAAUGUAAUUAGUUAUCCUCCAGGGAGAGAUGAGCGAACAGAAAUGCAGACAAAAUGACAACCUUCAAAUUCAUUGUUAAAAUCUAGCAGUGCUCCCAAAAAUGGUAGAUUGGCUCGGCUGAUUCAAAAAUUUGACAACUUCGCUGGCUAAAGAUGGCGUCUCUGCAAUAACUAAUUGUAAUGUGUGGGUCGUUCCUUUCGCGAACAGACAUACCCUUCCGAUAGCCGUUAUUUUUGUUGAGCAUAUUCGUUUGAUGGUGGACAGAAUCGACGGAUUCGUUCACCAUAGAACCAAACGGAAAAUUAAAAAAAAAUCAGCUGACCAGACACGUCUCAUGGAAUGCCUAAUAUUGAUGAUAUAUCAUAAACCAACGCGAAAUUGGCAUCUUUUAGACAGUAAAUCCAAACCAGGUAUCAGCCAGUUGCUUUAGGCGUUCACACAUGCUGUUUGAACUGUUUGGAGACCAUAGUCAUGCCGUCUGAUUAUUCUCGGCGAUUUCACAAAAGACAUCGAUGUUAUUGAUGUUGACCGGAGAGUAGCGGUAGAAGGUAGAACUUUUAUUUGGUAUUUUGAGGGGGCUGCCGUGAAUGAGACUAAUAACACAGACUAACAGACAUAACACUAUGAGGGAAUUCCCUCAAAAAACAUCCAUCCGGCAAUUUUCCCAGAACACUAGCUCCACCUUUUAUUCACAGUCCCAAACACUCAUUUACUGGUUGGUUACCCCUCAGGUUUAGGAACAAUUUUUCACUAGUGGUCUAUCCCCCAUAUGCUUGUUCAUAUGUCAGUGGCGCCAUAAUUUUAAAUGUGGCCACAGUCCCAACUACAAAUAUAUUUAAAAUGACCGUUAAAGCGGGCGAAGUUUUGUUUUUGAGUGUUAUGUCUGUUAGUCUGUGCUAAUAAUAUCUGCUGUUAGGAUUCAAUUUUUUUCUUUAGGGUCCAUCCAUAAAUGACGACAGGAGGUGCUACGUAGCUUUUUUGAAGGGGAAUAGGGGUUGACCGGAUGUCACGAGAAUCUUACCCGUUUCCUCUAACUAACAUCGUUUUUGAUUUUUUUAAUUUUUUACGGGGAAAACGAGGGGGGCGAGGGUUACGGUCAAGCUACGUAAUUACCAGGGAGGGUAUAUAGAAGUUUGUGACGAAAUGCUACGAUGGGGGAGGGGGGUGUUAAAAAUCACUCAAAAAAUGCUACGUCAUUUAUGGAUCAUCCCUUAUGCUAUCUGAAAUAAUAUCCUACCGGACAAGACCAACUGACACACUCUUACAUGCGACAAACGUAUAACAAAUUGUUUCAGGAAGAAAUGAAAAAUUUUGACAUGAAGCAGGACAAGUUGAAAGCAGUGACAACUUUGAUGAAAUUUUAAUUAGAGAACAAUAAUUUUCUUCGUCCAUAGAAAUAUCCAUAUCAUUAUCCAGAAGAAUUGUUAGUAGGAUAAUAACGGCAAAAACCAAGCAAAAAUUAACCAAGCGAAAAAAAUAACUCGUUGUUUACAACUGGCUUUAGAAGCUUGAACCAAAUUCACGUUCAUUUUCGAACUUAUUUUCAUUGUUUUUAUAGCUAGACAAGCUAUUGAAUCAAUUCGGGAAGUAUAAAUUAAAAAAAAAACAAUAGAAUCAAUUAACGACAGUAAGCGAUUAUUAAAGAAUAAUGAAAAGACGAGUAAUUAAUGUUAAAAACUAUCCUAAACCGGAUUUUUCAACCCAAUAUUAAAGUUUCGUUCAAUAAGGUAAAUUUAGAUAAACCACUUUGCAGGUGUUUUCAGUUAACGACACUGAAUCUCUAAAUAAAGAUCAAAGACUCACCGUCUCAAUCGUUUGUUUACUAUGCAUCUGUCAGUGUCAUUUCAAUCGAGUGCGCGAGACCUGUCAAAAGCAUUAAAUAACACCCCCUAAGAAACUUUGUUGGUUGCAAAAUCGUCCCAUGAAGGACGUCCGUAGGACCAACGUUGGACGACGUCCAAAUAACCGUUCAACAGACGUCCAUCGUUGGAUCCCUGUUGAACGAUUUUGAAACAAUUUUGUGGGCUUCUCAGUGGGCAGGAAAAUCUCAACGGAGGGCAUUGACAGAUCGAUUCAGCGUCGUUCGACAAACAAUAAUGAGUGCAACUGAACGGUAAAACCUAAAACCAUCCGAUUUUUGGUUAAGAGUACCUAGACUUUGGGUUGGAUUUUUGUUGAAGGUACAAUAUGUCUGUGAGAGAGAGAAAAAGUGGAUUAGAAUCACGCAUUUUUCCGAUCCUUCCUUCAACGAUUUUUAAUUUUAUUUUCUAGCUUGUUGUUAAUCGCACCGAGUCCAAAUUUUAACCAGUUUGAAUCUUUACGUUUGUCAAAUGGGUGAAAUCAAGGCCUUCUUAUAUUUUUUUUGGAGACCCACGACCAAACUUGUUUGUACACACAGUAUCAGCUAGAAUAUGCAUCUUCAUACUCAACUUCGAAAAAAGGCGUUCAAUUCGAUUUGGAUCGAAUUAGAAAAUAAUCAAACGCGUAUUUUCAUUUUUUUCGGAUGCAAAAAACGGGAAAGAAAGAACACACGUAAUACGCCAAUAUUUGAUAAGACUGUAAUUUAUAGCAAUACAUGAGUAAACACUAGUGAAAAGCAAAGCAGACAACAUGAACUCUUUAGACAAAAAACACACAAGCAAAACAAAAAAGAACAAUCCAUGGAAAAGAAGGUUUUCGACUUAUUGUGAGACUCAAAAAGCAAAAGGUGAAUGAAAAAGUAGCAAAACAAAACAGAAACUUUUUAUAUUAUCUAGUUAAAUCGAAACAAAAAAAAACAAAUAAAAUAUAAUAAUUAGAUUUUCUCAUUAUCUGUAAUAUAUUAGAACCGCAUGAAAAGUGUCCAUCCAUUUCCGCUUGGUUGAAGCAAAUGCAAAACUUGUUUCGCCGCGCUAUUCAACGAACCCUUUCAAUUCCAUUUGCCCCUCCCCAAAAAAAUCCGAGUCGGUGUUAUAGAUAGAAGUUUAUAUAUAUUUGUAAGCUUUGUACCAUCAGAAAGAAACAAAACAUUACAAAACAAAAAAAAAACAUCACAGCCGUGGUAUGUUAAGCCAUAAAAAGUGCAACACUGGGCUAAAAUAAACUAAACAAAACCAACAAAUUCGUUCUAAGUGUGUAAGUUGUUACUGAUAUUAGAUCUAAUGAAAAAAAAACCAAAUGAACAAAUCAAACAAUGAACGUGUCUAAAUAGUAAUGCUCUUUCGAGUUUUCCUUCCCCUUCCUCCCCAACAAAAGAAAAAGACGCGGUUAGUAGUCGUGUGAAAGCUGCCCAAAACACUGUGUAAAUAAGCGAGACAAACAAAUGAAACACAAUCACUCCCUGCAAUCCAUUCUGCAGCGUUGGAGGAGAAAGAUAACAGCAAUUUUACUGUAGGAAACCUGACAAACAGGAGAACAUUAUACGUAGCUACAAAGUUUAUCUUUUUUUCGGGAUGGAGAAAACAAAUUGUAGAGUAAAAAAAACAAAAACAAACAAACGAACAAUUCAGAAAAAAAUGAAACAAAUUAUUUAAUCCGCUUAAUCGUAACAUAGAAAUUGCAUUUUUAUUAACAUAAAUAUGUAUUUGCGUAAGCCUUGGAGCAGAGCGAAGCUAGAGCUUAGUAACUUUUUUUUGCAGCAGCAACGCGUACAUUUCGGGACAUUUUAGUUAUUGAUCCGAAUGAAGAAAGAAAAAAGAACCUCCGAGUACAUUUAAAUUUACUGUUACAUUAUUAAAUCUCCAACCAUCUAUUUGGUCGUGUUUUACGUUUUACCCUUAGGUUUCAUAGCCUAUAGGAAAUAUCGAAUUGUAAGGAGAACUGCUACGCCGCUCUACGUAUAGCUGAGUCUUUAAAUUAAUUCUUAGCAUUUCCAAAUUUCAGAGCAAUUUUCAUUUAAUUUUCUACGAAAACGAAAACAGAUCCGUUUUUGACACUAUAUAGUUCUUACACUUGACAAUGGUUUCUGCCACAGGGGUCAGCAUCUUUGACAGUUAACUCAGCAAUAGGAAAGAGGUCAAUGUGGCUGAAUUUAAGAUGCUGCCCUGUCAAGUCAAUUCAAUUUCAUUAACAAAUGUCUAUUUUAUUUUACUUUAAAAAAUACGGUUAACCGUCAACUCCUUCGAAGAAAACCAAAAAAAAAGUAUGUCGCGUAAUAACCACCGACUGUUUUCUGGUAUGAGAUUCCCUAUCUCCAAAAUACAACUAAACGCAGAGCAACAGUACUGUUCCCGUAGAAAUUAUCCUGUGUACAAAGUUGAAAGCUUCAGUUUGUAUGUAUUUGAAAACAGUUUUAUCCGGAAGCAGGUCGUCGUACGGUUUGUUUUUAUUCGGGUAUCCACUCGCACAUUAGCGGAAAAUAGACACAACUCAAACUGUCAGAAUUGAGCAAAACUAACAUGAACAAACAAAGAAAAAAACAAACACACAGCAAACUACAAUAGCGCUACAAGCGAACAAUGAUAAGACUUCUUUUUAGCAACAAAGAUAGAGAGAGUAAGAAAACAAAACAAAAAACCACAACAACAACAGCAACAACAACACAAGAAUCGAAAUAGCUAUGAUCAGGUCAAUAAACCAAUGACUAAACACCAGCGAAACUAUUAUUAUUACGGAAUAUAAAAAAACAAAA